CCGCCGCGCUUCCGGGGGCGCCACAUAAGUCCCGGCGGCCGCCACAGUGAGGAGGGCGGAGGGGAGCGGCCGCAGUACCUCGGCUGCAGCAGGUUAGCGAUGGUACGCAGUGGAAAAAACGGUGGCCUCCACCUGAAGCAGAUUUCAUAUUACAAAAGAACGGGGGAAUAUCAUCCCACAACAUUAUCAAGUGAAAGAAGUGGAAUCAGGAGAGCAGCCAAAAAAUUUGUUUUCAAAGACAAUAAAUUGUUCUAUGUUGGAAAAGACAGAAAACAAAUGCGCCUGGUAAUUGUUUCAGAUGAAGAGAAGAAAAAGGUGCUUGCAAAAUGCCAUGAAAAUGCUGCAGGCACUCAUCAUGGUAUAUCAAGGACACUGACUUUAGUGGAAUCUAAUUACUACUGGACCUCUGUAACAAAUGAUGUCAAACAGUGGGUAUAUGCAUGCCAGCAUUGCCAAGUGGCAAAGAAUACGACCACCACCACACCCAAACCACACCCUAUCAAAGCAGAGGACCCCUGGACAGCAGUCACUGUAGCUCUAGUGGGACCUUUUAAUGUUACCAACAGAAGCCACAAGUAUAUCAUAAUCAUGAUAGAUUUGUUCACAAAAUGGGCUGUUAUUUUGCCUCUGCAUGACACUUCAGCAGUUGAAAUUGCUAAGGCAAUCAUCAGUGUCUUUUUCUUAUACGGACCACCUCAAAAAAUGCCUAUUGAUCAAGGGAAGGAGCUUGCUCAUCAGAUAAACAAAGAAUUAUUUGCAGUGUUUGGAAUGAAACAAAUAGUAUUGUCUUAUCCUCAGACUGAUGAAGUAAAUGAAAGAACAUGCAAGACAAUCAAAGCUUUCCUUAACAAAUACUGCACAGACCAUCCAAAUGAUUGGGAUGAACAUUUGUCUGCUAUUGCCUAUGCUUUCAAUUUGACUAAUUUGGAGCCAGAUCAAACCACUCCGUAUUUCCAAAUGUUUAAUCGUAACCCGUAUGUUGUUGAACCGAUGAAUGUAUGUAUGGAAGAAGACAAUAUGUUUGCCAAAAUAUUUGAAGCAACCAGAAGAGCCAGUCAAACACUGGAAGAAGAGAAAACCUCAGAUUGUCAGGUGGAGAAAACCUCUUCAGCUGAACAGAAAACCAGAAACAAAAUCACUGUCAAAAAGAAGCCAAAGCAAUUAAAUACCCUUCAACUUAAAGUUGGUCAUGAAGUACUCAGACAAAGAAAAAACUGGUGGAAAGAUGGUCGUUUCCAGUCAGAAUGGGUCGGUCCUUGUAUUAUAGAUUAUAUCACAGAUAAUGGCUGUGCAAUUUUAAGAGAUGCCACAGGAUCCAGGUUGAAAAGACCCAUCAAGAUGUCUCACCUCAAGCCGUACAUAAGAGGGUCCCAUGAAAAAGACAACCACUACUUCUUACAAGGUGCAGUAGUUGUUGACCAUGACUAUAUUGGCUUAUCUGAAAGAUCAUAUAAUCCAAGUCAGCAAGACCCUAUUGCUGAAGGGGAAAUAAAUGCCUAUGCGAGAGGAGUCAUGUCAGCUGCGCAAAUGCCACCUUCUGCUUGCAAAGACCAAGACUCAACAGAUGGCAAACAUCAGUCUGAGGCGACAGAAGAUCAUUGCAUUGAACCAAACAAUGCAAAGCCAGAGCAAUGGCCUUCACCUUGCUGGACACUUCAGACCAAGAUAGAAGACACUUAAGCAAGCAGUCUCCUGUCAUGUUUCAGUGGCAGUCUGGAGCACCUAUGGCAGACUGAACAGUUCUAAAUUCCUCAGCCAAAUCCACUUUAUGAAUUUAAGAAUACUGCAGGUAUUCAGUGGUUAAUUUAUGUGCACAUUAAGAAGUAAUUGCUCUGUUAACAAAAUGUAGGCAGAAACUAGUAAAAGCACAUGCUCUACUACUGUUUGAAUUUAAGAACACUGUAAGUGAUCAGUGGUUAAUCUAUUUGGACAUUGAGAAGUAAUCACUUGAUUACCAGAAGUACUGUCACAACUUAGUAAAAGUGUAAGUCGUUUUCAUUGUGCAUUUGAAUUCCAAUUUUUGCUGGUAAAAUGGCAAUAUGGCCCACCCCUACUGUUACCCUCUCAGGACACAGCACAUCAUUUCCCAGUAAUGACGUUUUCAUUAAUCCUUAUAUGACUCAUUGCUAACAUGCAGACAUAUUGUGGGAUAAAUAUAAUCUAAGCAAUUUAACAUUUUUUUCUCCCCCGUAGAAAUGUAAAAAAGCUUAUGUUGUCCUUUUCCUGUUACAGAACUGUUUCUCAUUCUUCCUGAGAAGCUGCAAGCUUGGACUUUUACAAUUUUUAAUUUUUAGUCUAACCCACCACUCUAAGAUCUCACAAAACAGUAAAGCUGCCAAAGUCAAAUACAGCUAGUAUUUUACAUAUGAAACAGUGAGGCCUUUAGCUGCUUCUUGCUCAUCAAAGCUCUGCUAAAGAGAGCUAUUUCAGUUCCUCACACAUAGCAGAACCUUAGCAGUGGUCAGCAUUCAUUUGUGCUUUCCUCACAAACAUCUAGUUUCCCUGACUUCUUCCUAGAUCUAGCAUGGGUUUGGAGAUUUCCACUGGCAGUUCUCUAGGAAAGGUGAGGACUAGUGUUACUUAUUCUCUGAAUUCCUUGAAUAAGUUGUUACAGGCUAGGACUUCCUGCAAAGAAGACUGUAUUUCAUGGUAAGAUGAAAAUAUAUCUACUGCUAAAGUUAGGUGAACAGGAACUCUUUCACGUAGAAAACUGAUGAGUGCAAGCUGGUUCUAUUUAUAGGGGAGUGACAGGAAGAGGAAGAAUGCUAGUAGAGAGCUGAAUUUAGAAAUACAGCACCUUCUGUCAGAUGCUGAGGUAGACUUGCUUAUCUUGCUCUCUGAAUAGCCACAUUCUGUCACCUUUGCUGCUGGAUGUCAUGCGACAUAAUACAGAUGGCUUUUAGUUAGCUUAAAUGUUUGGUUGUAUUGCUAUUGUAUUUUGACAAAAUCUAGAAGAGAUAAGUAUUAUUUAUUGAGCGUUUCCAGCUAAUCUUAGGUAAAAAGACUUUGACCUCAAGGCUAAUUAGAUAUCUAGCUCAUGCAGAAAUUCACACCCAUUGUGCAGUACGCCCACAGUGUAAUGGACCUGAGCUGUGUAAAAGAACAGCGCAGCACAAUGGUGGUAUUCCAGGAUCUGAUCUUAAAACCCCUCUGAAAGUGCUUAAUUCUCAGUACUUUUUCCCCACUGAGACUGAGAAGGUGGUUGUGGGGAGGCAGCUGGGGAUGUGGGCCAUGCUGAAGGGCGUGCAGCAUGCAGGAUUUGCGGUGGGUGUGGACAGCAUGAACAGCAGCAUAGCCUUGUAUUUAUUAACUGCUGCUACCAGCGGGCUGUGCCGCCCUCUGGGGACUGCUGCUCUUUGGAUCUCUGCUCUAGUGCAGUCAAGAACAGCCAGUUCAGGUGCUGUGCCCAGGUUCAUGGGCAGCAGAGAUUCAAGCCCUGAACCUCCCCGAACAGCCAGAAUGGUGGCUAUCAGAUCCUUUUAGCAGAGACCCAGGUUAUUUAAGCCAAUCCCUCCUCCUUCAUAUCUGCCUUUAUUUCUUCCACUUUGAUCACUACCCAGAACGCCAUCUGCUAGGGUGGCUUUAUAUUGUUAGAUGCAUUAUGUGUGUGUGAAAUUAUAUAUAUGUGUGUAUGAAGUGUGUGUGAAAUAUAUAUAAUCAUAUAUUAUAUAUAUUUUUGCCUUAUCUUCCCUGUUCUUAUUCACACGCAGUUCAGUGGAGCCCUUCUCUGUGGUAGAUGUGCAGAGGAGCUCUGGAGUACCAAGUACUCUGUACUUGUUAUAGCUACACUGGAGAGAAAUAAAAUGUGAAACUGGCAGUGGAUGGGAAAACCAGCAACUAUUUAACAAAUUGUGCAAUGCUGAUCUUUCAGGUUUCCUGGUAACUGCGAUAUACUGUGUUAACAGGCAGCCAUUAGUGCCUCUUGGGUGCUCCCAAAUGAGGCCUUUUCUGCACGUGGGAGGUUUAUUGAAAUAAAAUACAGGAGUUUCAAGCUAGCAACUCAAAAAGCAAUCACUGGAAACUGUGAAAAAGACGCCACCAGGAAACCAGAGACACUGGAAGCAGCAGGCUGUGGUUGGUAAGCUGAGGGAAACCUCACACCUCGACCUAGCAAAGCGCUCCUCAGCAUGUGCUUGUGCCCAUGGUGAGUUGUCACCACCAGCGUCUGGCUCCACCACCAACCUGCAUAAAAGCACGAAUGCUCAUCUGUAAUCAUCUUUUGCAUUGGCACACAGAUAUGAUUUAUAAUGGGAUAGUAGUGGAAGACUACUAUUGUAGUAACAGCAUUCGUGGAAAUCCUGUUUUGAUGUAGAGUUUGUGCCCCCUCAUGGCCUCUUUCUCAGAGAAGAGGAAUUAGAAAGGAGCACAGCAUGAAGUAACUGACACUUUGCUUGUUUCUUCCAGCACAGAAAUAUGAAUGUUUUUCAUUUGGGUUUGCUACUACCACGAAUUACCACCUAUCAUUUUGUUAAAUGAAAAACAUCCCAGAAAACAAACAGAAAACAACAAUCUUUCACUAAAAGUCUUCUAUACAAGCACUCAAAACAUUUCAGUAUGAAAUAAAACCCCUAUCUUUGAAUACUUCCUGAACUUGUGUGUAGCAUUUGCCCAUUUUUUGCUAAAGUGCUCUUGCAUUCUAGCUUCAGACAAUACUUGACAUUUUAAAGUUUUUCCCUCCUUCUCCCUAGAACUGAAUGUUCCCUGCUGGAGGGAGGACAGAGAUGAGUCAUGAUUUGCUUUUCACAAUAAGCAGUUAAAUCUUCUGGAAAUGCUGCUUUUGAGAUCUAGAUAAGUUUCCGUUAUGCAUUUGGGUACAACAUCUCUCUGUAUCAAUGACCUUUAGUAGGCAACAUCAUUUCUACAUCAUUUCUCUAAUGACCUAGAAUCAAAAUCUGUUUGCAUAGUAGCCUUCUUGGUAUUUUCAAAAUAGGUAAUGGAAUAUUUUAUUUUAUUCUCAUGGCAGUUCAGUGGAUGCUUUCAAUUAACCUAUUGGAGUACCUGAAAAUAAAACACAAAAGCCCCCCCAGUGCCAGAAACUCAGGACAUCAGCAGCUGUCAUCAUCUUGUGGCCUGAGAGCAUGCUGCUUGCCUGUGAAUUCCACAGAAGAAAAUGUCACUUUAGAAAUCCCUAAGACCAGACGCUUCAAUUAGAAGGCUGAAUAAACGAAGGGGAAUUACCAGAGUCUUCAGGAGGUAGUAGGUUUUACCUCCUCUAUGCAUCCUGGAAGAACUAUGGGCCUACUGAUAGGCCUGCUAUAGGCCUUCAGGAACUGCUGAUCCUGAGAGAUGCAUUCCUCUGCCAGUUCUCCUUUCCUCCCUUGCUUUUACACUUGCAAACAUAGUACGGGGCUGUGUAAGUGCAUGAACCACCAUCUGUGAGUUGCAUGAGCUGCCUGUAAAUUUGUCCUGUGUAGCAGACGUUGCUGCAGGCUCUGAGGGUGGGUCUGGGCACCUUUAUCCCACAGGGCUCCUGACUGUGGUCUGUGCAGCGCUUCUUGCCCUGGUGCUGUGCAGAGCGUGAUGGCAAGGAAGGGACCCGCAGCUGCCUUGCUGCAUUGGUAGCAGAAAUUGCUGUGCUGUGAGCAGGGCAGGUCGUAGGAAGCACAGCAAUCUCCAUCUGCCAGGCAGUGCUGCCCUGCUGCAGAUUGCCAGCACAGUGGCCCACAAAUCACAUGGAUAAAACUUGCCAUAAUUUACUGGUUGUAACGUAUGUGCUCCUUUUCUGGUCCAUGGUGAGAAUCGCUGAGCUUUGAUCAGAGGGAGGGGAGUACCCAGAGCUGCAGCUGACAGCAAGAAGCAGUACCUUGAAUGUAUAAAAUGAUAUCCAAGUGGGUUAAAAAGGAAUAAAUCAGAUUUCACAAACUCUACUUCAAAGUAUUUGACGUUUUUUGACAAUUUAUGCCUUAAAUCUCUCUAUGCCUCACUGCCACCUUCUGUACAAAAUGAAUAGUACCAUGUCAGUUCACAGGCAUACUAAAAAAAAAAUCAUGACUUCACAAAGCUGGCAGGCACAGCAGUGAAAAGCUCCUAGAAAAAAA